AUGAGUGGAGAUCAGCCGGAGAGCAGCCAGCGAACAGCCGGAGAGCAGCCGGCGAGCAGCCGGAGAGCAGCCAGAGAGCAGCCAAAGAGCUGCCAGAAAGCAGCCAGAGAGCAGCCAGAGAGCAGCCAGAGAGCAGCCAGAGAGCAGCCAGAGAGCAGCCAGAAAGCAGCCGGAGAGCAGCCGGAGAGCAGCCGGAAAGCAGCCGGAGAGCAGCCGGAGAGCAGCCAGAGAGCAGCCAGAGAGCAGCCAGAGACACUGGUGUUUGCAGACAGCUUGUCGGCUCCUGUCAAUGUGACCAUCAAGGCUCUGAAGGCCAACUCUGCCGUGGUGACAUGGGACAUCCCCGAGGGGGACCCCGUCAUCGGCUUCUCCAUCACACAGCAGAAAAAGGAUGUGCGCAUGCUACGCUUCAUCCAGGAAGUGAACACCACCUCCCGCUCCUGUGCAUUAUGGGACUUGGCGGAGGAGACCGACUACAUUGUGCACGUGCAGUCCAUCAGCAUGAGUGGGCCCAUGAGUCCGCACAGCGAACCCCUGCGCUUCCGCACGCCCAAGGAGGCCGAGACACAGGCCUCCAAGAGUAAAGACGAGGUGACCAUGGAGGAAGUGGGAGCUCAGCUGAGGGCGGGGGAGUUCAUCAUUAUCGUGGUGGUGCUGAUCAUGUGGGCAGGUGUGAUUGCUCUCUUCUGCCGUCAGUAUGACAUCAUCAAAGACAACGAGCCCAACAACAACAAGGACAAAGCCAAGACCUCAUCAGAGUGCAGUACUCCGGAGCACCCAACGGGGGGGCUGUUGCGCAGUAAGUUCCCCAAGAACAAUAACAACAACAACCGUACGCCAUCUGUGAACAUCAUCGAGCUGUGAUGACUAGGACCCUCUCUAAUCCAAAGGACUGAGUGUCUUCUGAACAGAGCAACCAAAAUGCCCGUUAUGCCCAUCUGCUUGUUAGGGUGAGGCUGGGACUGUGGGCGCGCCCCCUUGGCCGUGCCCAGCCCUUUGGCAUGGGGCUGGAUGUGAACUGGGCCCCCAGGACCCCAGGGGUUAGGCCUCAAAGGAGAGGCUCUAGGUGUGAUGGCAGGACUGUGGCUGUCACUGCUCUAAUCACUGCCACAGGGCCAAGGAGAUAAGGGCCAAAUGGAUUCAGCUGUAAGCUGAGAAACAGACGGGAGAUAUGAACAUGGCCAGGGGACUGCAGAGGUAACCAGGGCCAGAGGCCAUCUCUCUAUUAGCUUCAGUGCAGGCUGCUGAGGGGAGGACAGCUCAUAAUAAUGGCUAGAACAUAGUUUUAUUAUUAUGAUCCGUUCUCCUCUCAGCAGCCUCCACUGCUCAGCAUGUUAUCAAUGAACUGAAACACAGUUUCCCUCCUGUUCACCAUGCUGCAACCGAGGCUGGAGCACUGAGAACCGUGUGAAAGUGAAUUCCACCUAAUUCUCUCUUAAACAGUAACCUUGUUUCUUUAUUUAUUUGCCUCCUAUCAAGCUCUUGCUGUAAGGCACAUACUGUCUUUGAUAUCAUUUAUCUUGUUUGACAUAUUAUACCUGUUAUUCAAACUCAAACUACAUCUCUGUAUCAAAGUCUGUCUUCUCACAAAAACGUAUUUGCAGGAUACCAACCAAGGUUAGUUAUAUAGAUCUCCUUAUGGUUAUCUAGAUCUCACUCUUGUUAUAUACAUCUUCCUAUGGUUAUAUAUACCUCCCUAUGGUUAUCUAGAUCUCCCUAUGGUUAUACAGUAUAGACCUCCCUAUGGUUAUAUAGACCUCCCUAUGGUUAUCUAGAUCUCCCUAUGGUUAUACAGUAUAGACCUCCCUAUGGUCAUAUAGACCUCCUUAUGGUUAUCUAGAUCUCCCUAUGGUUAUCUAGAUCUCCCUAUGGUUAUAUAAACCUCCCUAUGGUUAUACAGACCUCCCUAUGGUUAUCUAGAUCUCACUCUAGUUAUAUAUAUCUCCCUAUGGUUAUCUAGAUCUUACUCUAGUUAUAUAGAUCUCCCUAUGGUUAUCUAGAUCUCCCUAUGGUUAUCUAGAUCUCCCUAUGGUUAUCUAGAUCUCCCUAUAGUUACAUAGAUCUCCCUAUGGCUAUCUAGAUCUCCCUAUGGCUAUCUAGAUCUCCCUAUGGUUAUCUAGAUCUCCCUAUGGUUAUCUAGAUUUUCCUAUGGUUAUCUAGAUUUUCCUAUGGUUAUCUAGAUCUCCCUAUUGUUUUCUAGAUCUCACUCUGGUAAAACUCCCUGAAACAUCCUCUGAGAAAUGUUUUCAUUCGAUCAAGGAAUCCAGACAACACAAGGCUAAUUUGGGAGGCCUAUCUGACGCAAGGCGAUGGCAAUGACGUCAGAGCAGGAUCAAAAGAUUACUCAAGACCCUUGUGCGGCAGAAUUCUCAACAUAUCUGGAGUAUUAAAACUCGUUAGCUCUGACAGCAGAAAGAACAAUGUAAUUGAUAAACAAAGUUGGUCUGUGCAUACACACACCAAGAAACGUCUUAUUCACCAUUGAUCAUCUUAAAUAUAGAAUUUUCCUUUAAAGUUUUUUUUUUUUUUUACUGAUUAGUAGAUUUAUAUUUUCGAAGUGUAUCCUUUCUCUUAUCACCUACUUUUAUUAGUGAGCAUUCUAGAGAGGAGAAAGCAAAUACGAUUUAGGCAAGUCUUGUUAAGUUUAUGGACUCACCUUUAAGAGGGACUUGACUCAUGUGUAUAGACUGGAUGUAUCUCUGAAGAAGGGCUAAACAGGCCUCUCCCAUGUCAGCAAUAACAUCACUGAGUGGUACAGUGGAGCGUCUCACACACCAGCAGGCCAUGAAGCACCUGGGAGAGUCACACCUGUCCACGUACUUCCCAACAUUCUGAGCUCGGGGGCAACAAUACUCAACAGACUUGAUGCAGGGUGACUUUAAAAGGUGAUGGACAUUGUUAGGGUUUUUUGAGGGGUUUAAAUACGUUUUAUUUUAUGAGUAUCCUUGUUUAUGAAAGACCUUUCUAUGAAAUGCCUGCCACCUCCAACUUGCCCUGAAAGUUGCCACUAGGGUGCCCAGGCCUAAUCAAAGAUUUGAUCACAAGCUCCAUAUGUUGGUUCUAAACUUUGACCCCUUUAAUUCAGUCCCAUCUGACACCAUCACUAGUUUCCAGCUUGACAGAAGGGCUUCUACCAAAGAGGAAGAGGCGAAGCGAGAGGGAUUACUCCAUCAAAAUGUGUCUACGAUAAGCAGACUGAAAGCAGACUGAUAAGCAUACCGAUAAGCAGACUGCCUGCCCUCCCGCCUUUGGGACCACAACUCCCAUUGUUAGGGCGGAGACUAACCUAACGUAGCAGGCGUAAAGGAAACGCUUGCCCGGAGUUCCAACAUCCGAUUUUCAGUGGAAAAUUAAGCUACGGUUGACGAUAGCGCAAUGGUUGAAUUCAUGUUGUUUCCAGGUGAUUUCAAUUAAACUAAGUUGAACCAACGUGGAAUAGACGUUGAAUUAACGUCUGUGCCCAGUGGGCCGUACCCCUGAAAACCGGAUGCAUCUGCUAAGGGUGGGAGGAGACUAGUCCAUCUCGUCUUUAUAUACAGUAUCUCUGCUUCUACGGACUCAUCUUCUUCACCGUGUGUGAGUCCACCCUUCCCACCCCAUGUACUGUGUAUCACAGACACAGACAGAAGUAUUGUUGACAUGCUGUAUGAAGAGACUAUAAUGUGGAGAUUCUCAAUGGGCCUAACAACCUCCUCCACAUCCCCAUGAAGGGGACAUCGCUGUGGUGAAUGAGGUCAUGUGUUUUAGGGCUGAUUAAAAAAGCACUGCCUUAAAUACCUAAAUCUUCCAUUUUCUUUGAUAGGAUGGAAUGAUAAAGGCCCAAUUUGUUCCACAUGUUUUCCAUUUCGCCUUUCCCUGCCUCUUGUCCCGUGGGAAGGCUGCAGUAUGGUGGUCUGUAUACAACCGUUUGAAGUUGGUUUAUGGGAAACAUGCUAAGAGAAAAACUAUAAUUAGAUUUCAGAGCACAUUCCUAAGGGAUGGGUGAACAUAAUGCUCAAUGAAGAGCAUGACAGAUAAAUGUGUACAUACAUUUUCCUCCAUUAUCAUUAUGUGGUUUCUAGAAAUGCUACAUAUAAAUAUGAUUUGAGAUUAUAUUAUUAUGUUUUCAGGAAAUGGUUUGAGAGUCUCAAGGGGAAUUUAAAUAUAAUUUCAUUGUAGAAAAUGUGUUCAUGAUACUUCUUUUCUUUCAAUGUAUUUCUAUCACAUUAUAUGGUUGUCUUAUAGCCUAUAUCCAUUAUUAAACAAUCUUGUUAAUUGUGAAUAUAGAGGAAUAGAGAAAUCUUAAUAUUUUAAUAUAAUAAUAUCUUAAUAUUAGGAGGAUGGGCUCAUUGAAAUUGCUGGAAUGGAAUGAAAUGGAAUGGAGUCAUACAUGUGGUUUCCAGUCAUUACAAAGAGCCUGUCCUCCUAUAGCUCCUCCCACCAGCCUCCACUGGUUUGUACAGUAUCUCAUGAAUUACUCCAGCUCUGUUACGACUCAUCACCUUCUGUGUCAGAUUAGCCAUUACUGAACUGUGACUGUUGACACAUCAAACAGCCUUCCGCUACUCCCCACCUUCCUAUCGCACACACACACAGACCUAGACCUACACACACACACAAAAACACUGAGGUAGCACACACUUAUGCACGGCGCACGCACACACACGCACAUACUCAUGCACACACACACACUCUGAGGUAGCACACACAGACUAAGGUAGCACACAGUAAUUCCAGCUGUACCCGUUGCGGUGCAGACAGUCCUCCCUGCAGGUGAUUAACCUUGGCUGUGGGGGAGAGGCAGACUGUAAUGACAGGCAUAGCCCAGCAAUGUGUACAUGGGUUAUAGAAGGAGGGAGCUGACUGAUAACUAAUACAAUGGCAGGGUUUUGUCUUUCUCUCUCUCCUCACUUCCACCUUUAAUGAGAAAGACGGGAGCAGAACUCGGCUUCCAUUUCUCCAAUAAACUGUGAUUCAUGUCAGGGACAAGAGCAGGCUUCAGGCAGAGAGGGAGGAGAGAGAAAAGAAAAUGAGGGAGGGAGAACGAAAGGAAUGAGAAGGAGAGGGCCCAUUUGAUUGAUUAACACAGACAUAUGGAUGUUCGGAGGACAAACUUGGUGUUCUGCUGCAUUACCCAAAGCACUUCUCACAAAAGUUUCUGUGCUGAAGGUUCAAAUCAAAUCAAAUCAAAUGUAUUUAUAUAGCCCUUCUUACAUCAGCUGAUAUCUCAAAGUACUGUACAGAAACCCAGCCUAAAACCCCAAACAGCAAGCAAUGUAGGUGUAGA